AUGGGCCUGCUACGGAGCGCGACCGCCCACGACACCACAACAUGCUACGCCCUCGCUGCCCUCGCCACCUAUCCCAUCCAGAUCGACAUCGUUCCGCAACUUGUUGAGAUCUAUAAGGAACUGGAGCCGAUCACUCUCACUGGCUCGCGCAACGUUUUCGACAUGGCGCAGAAGAGAGGUGGCUACCUCAUCAGCGUGCUCGCGGCCGAGUUGAUAUAUCUGGACGCGGGGGAGCUCUGCGCAAAUGGCACAGCUGCCAAGCUUCUGGACGUCACUUCCGACGUCCUGACCGGUGAUACCUUCCUCAACGCGCUCUGCAAGAGGGCGAACCUUUGGCACGGCCCUACAGUCGGUACGGCCGCCGCAGACUUGCUCCGUGCGAUCGUCGGCUGUCUCGACACCCUGGGAACACAGAAAGCUCGUAACUUCGUCUUCGCCCUGCUCCAACCUUUCGUCAGUCCGGCUGUCCUAGGAUUCCUGCAGAGUCUCGAGGACCAUGGCAAUACCGCUCGUCCUUUGCAGUCUUCCUUCACAUUCUCGGUCCAACGCGAGCGUAUACCGGAAGAGAUGUCGGCAACGAAAACCUACGGCGUCUUCUCUCUGGGAAACCAAUCGACAUGUCACCGGUAG